AGAGGCGGUUUAUUGUGCUUGAUUUGCCGUGUUUCAACGAGAGUUGAUUGGCAGCUACAGGGGCGGGUGCUCAGCACGCCACGCCAUGUUCCAGUAAUCCAGAUUUCUCGAUUGUGCGAGCACGCUUUCAUUCCCACAGUUGAAGAUCCCGCUGCGUGCUUGCAGUGA